AGCCGCACCGCCGGGCACUGGGUGUGCCGCCCCGUGGGGCUGCAGGGGCCGGGGAGCGCCCCGGGGCCCGAGAGAGGUGUGAGGCCGGCGGGCUGUGUAGCCAGGUCGGCCGAGGUCAGCACGCCUGCCGCUCUCCGCCCGCAGCCCUUUGUCUCUCUCCGGCUCCCGUCCGCCCGCCCCACCCCUGCGCCCCCAUUGGUCAGGGCCCGGGCCCGGGCCCCGAGGGGAGGGAGCGAGUGGGCGGGGCCGCGUGGCGUCAGCGCAAGAUGGCGGCCUUCGCGGCGCUGUUCCUCCGCUUGCGGAGCGAGCUCCGGCUCGGCGCGCGGGGGCUGUGCGCGAGGCUGGCGACGCCGCCCCCCCGGACCCCGGACCAGGCCACGGAAAUUGGGAGCCGCACAGGCACCAAGGCCCAGGCUCAGGGGCCACAGCAUCAGCGGGGCACAGAGGGUCCCAGCUACGCCAAAAAAGUCGCACUCUGGCUUGCUGGGCUGCUCGGGGCUGGUGGGACCGUGAGCGUCGUCUAUAUCUUCGGAAACAACUCUGUGGAUGAAACGGGUGCCAAGGUGAGGGGGAGAGAGACCCAGAGGCUAUGCCAGGGGUCCCAGCCUGUGGGUCCUUUCCCCUUUGGUCUGCUCAGGCUCAUUUCUGGUCUCGGGAUUCCUGAUGAAUUCGACAAUGAUCCGAUUCUGGUACAGCAGUUGCGCCGGACAUACAAAUAUUUCAAAGACUAUAGACAGAUGAUCAUCGAGCCCACCAGUCCCUGCCUCCUCCCAGACCCUCUGCGGGAGCCGUACUACCAGCCGCCCUACACACUGGUCUUGGAGCUCACAGGCGUCCUCUUGCACCCUGAGUGGUCGCUGGCCACUGGCUGGAGGUUUAAGAAGCGUCCAGGCAUCGAAACCUUAUUCCAGCAGCUUGCCCCUUUGUAUGAAAUCGUCAUCUUUACAUCCGAGACUGGCAUGACUGCAUUCCCGCUCAUCGACAGCGUGGACCCCCAUGGCUUCAUCUCCUACCGCCUCUUCCGGGAUGCCACAAGAUACAUGGAUGGCCACCAUGUUAAGGACAUUUCGUGUCUGAAUCGGGACCCUGCCCGUGUAGUCGUCGUGGACUGCAAGAAGGAAGCUUUCCGCCUGCAGCCCUACAAUGGCGUCGCCCUGCGGCCCUGGGACGGCAACUCCGAUGACCGGGUCUUGUUGGACCUGUCUGCCUUCCUUAAGACCAUUGCACUGAACCGCGUGGAGGAUGUCAGGACUGUGCUGGAGCAUUACGCCCUGGAGGAUGACCCCCUGGAGGCUUUCAAACAGCGGCAGAGCCGGCUAGAGCAGGAAGAACAGCAGCGCCUGGCUGAGCUCUCCAAAUCCAGCAAGCAGAACCUCUUCUUCGGCUCUCUCACCAACCGCUUAUGGCCUCGCUCCAAACAGCCCUGACCUCUGAGCCUCCUCAGACUCACUGCCUGGGUCCUGGGCCCUAGGCCCCAGUGCUCCCAGACCAUGGCUUGGGCAGCCACAUCCAAUAAAGUCCAUCCCAGAUGCCA